CUUCCUCUACCGAAAGUAUUAAAUAAUUUCACCAUACAUGGGUUGUGGCCCAAAAUUUUGCUUGACAAAGAUCCUCACUGUAAACCAAAGGAACAAUUUAAUAUUACAAAAAUACAGGAUCUACUUAAAGACCUAGAAAGACUGUGGCCGAGUUUGAAAGACUACAGCAAACCAGAAUCAUUUUGGAAACAUGAAUUCUCCAAACAUGGUAUGUGCGUGCAUGAGGAUCCCAAAAUAAAAAAUCAGCAUGGGUACUUUGAGUUUGGCCUUAAUCUGAUGAAGAGGUUCAAUAUACUGGAAUUUUUAAAAAAACAUGGGAUCAUACCACAUGUUUCCCAACAAUAUGAAACACGAAAAUUACAAGACAUUUUCGAGAGUGAAUUUCGACACAAUGUUUCUUUAUAUUGCACCGAUAAGAAAGGACAGAAAGGAGUACAACGCCUGGAAGAGAUUUGGAUGUGCUUGGAUCCUGAUCAUCAACCCAUUAACUGCCCACCAAUUAGCAAGUGUUCAACUAAUUUUACUUUUCCUCCAUUUCCACAUUUGCCUUGUAAUACUUUAAAAUAAGAUGAAAAAUAAAAGCAUUAAUCAUGU